AUGAAGAGAAGCAGCUUCAAUCAUGAAGAUUUCUCAACUUCAAGGACCUUAAAUGAUCGAGUCAUCGAUGGUUGUUUCCUCCGUAAAGAGACCACAGAACAACUCGUUCAUUUCAAAGCUUUUCAGGUCGAAUCAGACUCGUUUUCCUUCUCCGUAACUUAUCAGACAAAUUUAGAGAUUCGCCACAAUCGUGAUGGAAACAAAAUCGAGACCCUCUUGGAACACCCGGGUCCUAAGCCUAAACUGGAACACAACAUCCCGAAACAGUUUCUUGUCUCCAAAGAAACAUGCAUUGAUCACGUCAUGAUCGUCUUGUCGGAGAUGCAUCUCCCGCCUUCUAUCCAAGAACGUCUUGUCCAAUAUAUCUCAACCGAAUCCGUUAAGUUCCGCAGUGGAGGAGGAGGAGGAGGUCUCAAGAUCGAUGUCAAGGUUGAAGUCAAGGAGGAAAGAGGAGAGAAGAGACAAGUGAUGGCGACUGAUUGUCAGAUAUGCUUGACGGAUUUAUAUAGUGCGGGGAGUCGCAUGGAGUUAAACUGUUGUCAUGUUUUCCAUAGAGAUUGUGUGAUGAAGUGGCUGAAGAGGAACCCUUCUUGCCCUAUCUGCCGAGCGAAAGCUACUGUUUCUCUCUUUUAA